UUUGGUAGAGUCUUGGGGGCAGUUUGUAGGGCCUUGGGAGAGUUUUGGUGAUGACAUGCUGGUGUCGAUCCACGCGCCAUCUACGCCUGCCUAUCCUGGUGACUGCUUGCCUGUUUUGGGGAUCGAUGGGCCACUGCGCCACGACCUGCGCCUACUGAUACUACGCAUCCAUGUGCAUCUCAUGCACUCCGCGUUCUGUAUCGGCAUCAGCAUAUCAUAUAUGCAUGUUGGCCUGAUACGAAUUUUGAACCAAGGUUGCAGUAGUACAUUGAAUGAAUGCAUCUUUGGGUGUCACCGCAGACGAUUGCUGUGAAGCCUGAGCCAAGCUCCUGUCGACACCACGUGCGAGACCCCGCAGUGGCGUCACAUUCAUUCAUCCAUCCUUCCAUCCUUCUCAUGCACAGGACAACGUACAAGUAUUAUUGUCGUUCAAGCUUACUGCCGUUGUUCAGGCCGUAUUCGCCUACGUACUGCGAGUAUGCUGCUCCGAGGGACAUGAACGACGCAUAUGUAGAGCCAAGAAGUAGCAAGCAAGGGCCCAGCACCGGCCAACCCGGCAACAGCUUGCAGAACGCCUAUCGUGUAGCGACGGAAGAUCUCAGAACACCAUGCCAAGCAUCUCCGCCUUGUCGGCAGGGCGGGACUCGAUCCAACGACAUCCCGUACCAGAAACAUGCAUCUUACUUCUUCGCCUUCCAUGGCGGUAGUACAACCGGUCCCGCCCUGUCGUAGAACAGUAAGCAACGCACCUGUAUUUAACCGGUGCGUUGUACGGCCUGCCGGUUGUGACAGCUGGUCAUGGAUAUAAUAAUGUUGUAGUAUGCUGC